GAGCGGCCGACGCGGAGGCUCGCUGCGCGCUCGGAGCCAGACCUGCGAGCGGGCGUGGGCGGCAGCCUCGGGUCUCCCGGAACGAUGGUGAAGUUGGGGAACAAUUUCGCGGAGAAGGGUACCAAGCAGCCACUGCUGGAGGAUGGCUUCGACACCAUCCCCUUGAUGACGCCCCUCGAUGUCAAUCAGCUGCAGUUCCCGCCCCCGGACAAGGUGGUUGUGAAAACGAAGACCGAGUACGAGCCUGACCGGAAGAAAGGCAAAGCGCGCCCUCCCAAGAUAGCGGAGUUCACCGUCAGCAUCACCGAGGGGGUCACCGAGAGGUUCAAGGUGUCCGUGCUGGUCGUCUUCGCCCUGGCCUUCCUCACCUGUGUCGUCUUCCUGGUCGUCUACAAGGUGUACAAGUAUGACCGUGCCUGCCCCGAUGGGUUUGUCCUCAAGAACACCCAGUGCAUUCCAGAAGGCUUGGAGAGCUACUACUCGGAGCAAGACUCCAGCGCCCGGGAGAAAUUCUACACCGUCAUCAACCACUACAACCUGGCCAAGCAGAGCAUCACACGCUCGGUCUCACCCUGGAUGUCCGUUCUGUCGGAAGAGAAGCUGUCCGAGCAGGAGACCGAAGCCGCCGAGAAGUCGGCCCAGUGA